GCAAUGUUGGUGCUCGUCGCUCCUAUGUGGUCAAAGAGGUUGAACGUCUUAAGGAGAAUCGUGAAAAACGUCGUGCCCGCCAAGCUGAGAUUAAAGAAGAGAAAAAUGCCUUAAUGAAUCAAGAUCCCGGUAAUCCCAAUUGGGAAACCGCCCAAAUGAUACGCGAAUAUCAAUCUACCCUGGAAUUUAAUCCAUUAAUUGAUGGCCAGGCCGUCGAAGAUCAUCAAAUUACCGUUUGUGUACGUAAGCGACCAUUAUCACGCAAAGAGUUAAAUCGUAAAGAAAUUGAUGUGAUUUCGGUGCCACGCAAGGAUACGCUUAUUGUUCAUGAGCCGCGUAAUAAAGUGGAUUUAACAAAAUUUCUGGAAAAUCAUAAAUUUCGUUUUGACUAUGCCUUCGAUGAUCGCUGUGACAAUGCUAUGGUUUACAAAUACACUGCAAAACCUUUGGUCCAAACUAUAUUUGAAGGUGGCAUGGCCACUUGUUUUGCCUAUGGCCAGACCGGUUCGGGUAAAACUCACACAAUGGGCGGCGAAUUUAAUGGCAAAAUACAGGAUUGUAAAAAUGGUAUAUAUGCCAUGGCAGCUAAGGAUGUGUUUACCUAUUUGAAUGGACCACGUUAUCGUCACUUGAAUCUAGUGGUAUCAGCCAGUUUCUUUGAAAUUUACAGUGGCAAAGUUUUUGAUUUACUCUCAGAUAAACAAAAACUUCGUGUCCUGGAGGAUGGUAAACAGCAGGUACAAGUUGUUGGUCUCACCGAGAAGGUAGUCGACAGUGUUGAAGAAGUGCUUAAACUUAUACAGCACGGCAACAAUGCUCGCACCUCCGGCCAGACCUCAGCCAAUUCAAACUCAUCACGUUCUCAUGCAGUAUUUCAAAUUGUUUUACGUCCUCCCGGCUCCACAAAAAUUCAUGGUAAAUUCUCUUUUAUCGAUUUGGCUGGUAAUGAACGUGGUGCCGAUACCUCAUCGGCUAAUCGUCAAACACGCAUGGAGGGUGCCGAAAUCAAUAAAUCUCUAUUGGCUCUGAAAGAAUGUAUUCGUGCUUUGGGUAAACAAUCGGCUCACUUGCCAUUCCGUGUCUCGAAGUUAACGCAAGUUUUACGUGAUUCUUUUAUUGGCGAUAAGAGUAAAACCUGUAUGAUUGCUAUGAUUUCACCGGGUUUAAGUUCGUGUGAACACACACUCAAUACUCUACGUUAUGCGGAUCGUGUUAAAGAGCUGGUGGUCAAAGAUGUAUUACGUGAGGAUGAUGUGCUGCGUGAAGAAGAUACCGAACAGUUAAUGUAUGAAGAGGAUGAAGAGACUAAUAAUGUACAGCAUGUCCAGCAGAGGCCCAUUAAGCAUAAUAAUCAUACUAAUCAUAAUAAUAACAAUAAUAAUAAGAACAAUGGUCAGAUGUCGGCGAGUGAUUUGGCAUUGUUGCGUUCGUUGAGCGAACACGAUAUGUCCGAUGAAUUACUUGUCCAACAUGCUGCGAUUUCCGAUCUACAACAAACCGAAGAAAUGGUUGUUGAUCAACAUCGAGCCAUCAAUGAAUUCCUAACACAAUUUCUACCCGAAUCUAUGCGUCUAUAUAAUUUAACCAACUAUGUCGAUUAUGAUCAAGACUCCUACUGUAAAGAAGGUGAGGCCUAUUUCACACAACUGGCCGAGAUGGCUACCAUGUGUCGGGAUUUAAUGGCUGAUUUUCGGGCAAAAAUGGCUAAAGAAGAAAUGCUUUCAUGCACAGUUAAACCACCAGGCAAACGUUAAAAAAAAUGAAUAACUAAUUUAACAAAAAACGCCCUAUUUAAAACACUCAACACACUCCUCCUCCUUCUCCUCAAUAACACAUUUAUAAAGAAAGUAAAUACUCUUCUUCUUUAGUGCAGUUUAAGCACUGAAACUGAAAGGAAUAAACGAAAAUGCAUGUAUUAAAGAUAACUCUUUUUCUUUUUAAGUAUUAAUUUGUUUAAUUUAAAUAAUAGAAAGAGAGAGAAAACAAAAAAAAUAUAAACUAAAAUUGUUAAACAGAUUAGAGCAAAAACAACCCAGCAGUGCCGUUUAAAAAUGCACUUAAAACUUUAAAUUAAAACUAAAAAUAAUAAAAAAAAAAAACAAUUUUAAAUUUUAAAAAACUAACAGCAACAAACUAUACAACACACCAUAUAUAAUAUUUAUGAUUAAAACAACAACAACAAAAAAGCAAAUAAAAGAAAACUUAUUUACUCACUUUAACUUUAUUAAACAAAAAAAAAAAAUUAAAAAUCAAACUCAAACUCAAAACAGAAAGCCAGCAGCAGCAGCAAAUGAAGAACUACAACUAAAACAACAAUGUAAUAAUCCUGUUAGAAAUGCUAAUUUAUGUUUUGUUAAAUUAAUAUUAAUAAUAACGAUUUUUUAUUAGUUUUUUUUUACACUUUUAAACACACAAAAAAAUUAUUUUAUUUUUUACAAAAAAGAAAACAGGAGUUAAUAGAAAAUUUCCUUACAUUUGCCGUUAAAACAAAACAAAAUAUGUAAAUAAAUUUGUUAUUUUAUUAUAACACAAAUUUAUUUAACAAUAUUUUUUUCUAAAAAAACAUUUAUUUUUGCUUAAUUGUGUUUUAAAAAUUUUAAUGAUUUUUGUGUUUCUAAUAUUAUCCCUACUACUACCCCCACACCUCUACCCCCUUUGUAUUUUUAAUACUUAUUUUUAAAAUGAUAUUAAUAAUUUUAUGUUUUUAUAUAGAAUUUUUUUAUAAAAAAAAAAAAUUUUUUGCUAAAUUUUUGAAAAAUUAAACACAAGUAUUAUCAAAUAAUUACAAAACUGAAGAUUUAAUAAAACAAACAACAACAACAAGCUUUCGUUACAAAAAAAAAUCUCAAAAAAGAACAACCUUGUAAAACAGAGAAAGUGUGAAAAGCAAAACCUUAAAAAAUUCCCUUCAAAAAAAAAGCGCUUAAUUGACAACACUACCAUAUAAUUCCAUAAUUUGUUUUCUUUGUAAAAAUGUCAAAAUUUUUGUUUACAAAUCCAGUUACAGUGUAUAAACAAACCCCUGUUUAUGUAGGAAAAAAACGCUUAAGCUUUUAGAUUUUUACAAAAAAAAAAAGACACUAAAACUUAACUAUUUUUUAUCACAAAUGAAGCAUUUCUUUAAAACAAAUCAAAAUACUAGACUACGGGCUAUUC